UCAAUUAUGGUAAAUAUGUACAUUCAGAAACAUGAUAAGGCAUAAUCCGCUAAAGUUGGUCAAUUAUGUAAACAUAACCAACAUACAGUACUAUUUGCUUACAUAUUUCGAGAAAAUGUGAUAUAUUUGUGUGUGUGAGGAAGUUCCAUUAUAACUAAUUAUUAAACUGGGGACAAGAGAAACUAAUCUAUUCCAAAUAGUUUGAUUGACAUACUGUAUGUUGUAUACUUGGAAAAUACAUUAAAGUGGAUUAAGCUUCAAAUAGACUGAAAAUAAUGAAAUUUCACAUGAACAGAUACACUCUUUUAAGAGGUGAUUAACGAAGAACAUCAAAGUAAUCACUUUUAGUGAUUCAAAACAUUUCAUAUCAUGAAUGUCUGUAAGUCAUAGUUCACGGGAGCGUGAACGGUGUUGCACAUUUUCUACUUGUCUUGAUAUGUCCCUAUGAUAAUAUGCAACUACUUGUAUUCCCUACUACAGGAGGUUUCACCAGGAACGUGUACAACAAUUGUGUCCAUUGCAAAGUACUCGGCAGAAGAGUAUGCUUUGGUUGAAGAGAUAUUCCAGAAUUAUGAGAGAACAGCAGGAGCAGGGAAAAGUAUUCCUGUUAAGUUAUUCCGCCUGCUCCAAGGACGUGUACUAUUGCCAGAGAAAACAAGACUGUUGAUAAAAGCCAGAGAUGAAGGAAUCUCUAAUGCCACCACUUCAGCAGAAGCCUUGAAGAAGACGAAAAUCAUACAAAAUAAUGUGGUGACAUGCUUGAAUGCUAAAGACUGGCAGCAAGCUAAGACUCACUAUCCCAGCUAUACAUCCGAUGAAGUGUUAGAUAUUUAUGCGGGGCUACGAAUGCAGAAUAACAUUCCAAGACCACUACUAGAAUUCUUAAAGAACGCAGAAGAGGACCAGACACCGCCAGUACAUCCCGAUAGGCUCUCAGUCAACAUUGAAAUUAAAUAUGACGGUGGAGAAAUUUGUUGCGAAGAUAUAAAGCAGAAAUAUGAGAAAAAAAUAAAAACUGAAAUUUUUAAAGACAUGGUGAAGAAAAGGAAACUCAAUGAAGAAGAAUAAUUUCAUAGUUAUAUUUAUUUUUAUGCUCUACUCCGUCCGUCCGUCAUACUUUUUUUUCUGGAGUAUAACUUGAAAAUACAUUUGUGUAUUAAACCUUGUCAGGGAAUAACUCGCUAGCUACGAUAGGUAUUGUCAUGAUACUAUACAUAUUGUACAUAUUGUUAGAGGUCAAUGCGAGGGUGUGUAGCGACAAGGAACCAUAACUCUAAGUGCUCCUAUUUCUGAAUUAUCUACCUUGUUUUGAAAACAUUGUCUGGUGAAUAACUUGAAUACUAUGGCAUUGACUUCAUAAUUUAUAUCUUGAUAGUGGUCCGUAAAAGGGAAUGCAGUGACAAAGAACCAUAACUCUGAGUGCUCCUACUUUUUAUUUUAUCUCCCUUUUUAGAAUACCUCCUCCGGUGUAUAACCUGAACAGUAUGAAAAUAUUGAAUUCAAACUAUAGGUAUUUAUAGAGGUCAGUUAUACAGGGAGUGCAGUGACACGUAAUUAUAACUCUGAAUUAUGAAUUUUGAAUUAUCUUCUUUUAUUGAAUAACUUGUCCAGUGCUUAACUUGAAUGCUUUAUAUUGUAUUGACUUCAUACUUAAUAUAUUGAAAGAGGUCAGUUCAGUGAUAGGAAGUGCAGUCUAGGAACCAUAACCUAAGUGCUCACAUUUUUUAAUUAAUUCGCUUUUUUGAAAACCUUGUCCAGACUAAGAUUUUGACUUUAUACUUUACAUAUUGAUACAACUCAGUGAGUGAGAAAGAGUGCAGUGUUAAAAGUACAACUCUUGCUGACAACAUUUCUUUUUAACACAGUCCCCAUAUUGGUGAUUUCUAGGUCAAGUUUGAAUUUGGGUCAUAUAGGGUCAGAAACAAGGUCACCCAGUCAAAUUACAGAAAAAGCUUGUUAACACUCUAGAGGCCACAUUUAUGAACCUAUCUUCGUGAAUCUUGGUCAGAAUGUUUGUCUUGAUGACCUUGAGGCCAUUUUAAAUCUGGGUCAUGUGGGGUCAAAAACUAGGUCACUCGGUAAAAUUAAAGGAAAAGCUUGUUAACACUCCAAGAGGCAUAUUCAUGACCUAUCUUCAUGAACCUUGGUCAAAAUGUUUAUAUAGAUGAUAUUUUGUACAAGUUUAAAUCUGGGUCAUGUGGGGUUAAAAACUAGGGCACUAAGGUCAUAUCAAAGGGAAAUCUUGAAAACACUCUAGGGGGAACAUUUUCAUUCAAUCUUCAUAAAAUUUGGUCAGAAUGUUUGAUAUUAUGAAGUCUUGUAUGAUUUCGACUCUGUCAUGUAGGGUAAACCACUAGGUCACUUAGUAAACUCAAAGGAGAAGCUUGUUUAUACUUUAGAUGCAACUUUUUCGCUCCAAUUUUCACGAAACUCUGUAGGAAUGUUUGUUUUCAGGAAAUCAUGGACGAGUUUUAAUCUGGGUCAUUCGGGGUCAAAAACUAGUUCACUAGGUGAAAUGAAAGAAAAUGCUUGUUUACACUCAAUCCAGAUUUUUGGCCCAAUCUUUAUGAAAAUUGGUCAGAAUAUUGGUCUUUGUAAAAUCUAGAACAGAUUAGAAAUUACGUCAGGUUGGCUAAAAAACUAGGUAACUAGGCAAAAAUAAUCACUAAAAUCAACAUUUUUGCUCAAAUCUUCAUAAAACUUUAUCAUAAUAUUUUAAAUGAUCACCUUGAAAAAAUUCAGACGACUUUGAAACAAGGUCAUGUGGUGUAUGUUGUGUUACUCUGGUGACCUUGGGCCAUCAUGGCCCUUUUGUUUCAAAUACCGGUCGAAUCUCUUCGGAUACUUUUGUUAGUUAACAGCUUUUAUCUUUUCUGUAAUAACAUGGGGGAAUUGAAUCUCCCAAUAAGGCAUAGAAAAAAAUUUUGAUUGGAAGAGAAGAAACAUGAUUUGUCUGUUUUCCGUCAAAAGCAAGGAUUUAUAAAAUUUUAUACGUAUUUUUGGACCUGGCACUCAUUAAUCAUCGCCAAUAUGUUGGGUUGUUUUUUUUUUUUGCAUUUUCCUUAUUUAAUCUGAAAAUAUCAACAUUAACUUGAAAAACUUAUAUAGGUUACCAGUGGUACUUUGGAGUAGGAAGUGUCCAGGGGUGCGGAUCCGUACCCCUAGACACGCAUUUUAGGUGUUUUCAAGGGGUAAGGAUGACUUAGGGGUAUUUACAUCUUGAAUGUUUGCUGAAAAUUAAAGAACAAAUAGUAUUUAAUCAGUUGUGAAUGUAUAUGUGAUUUUGAAUCCUAAAUCAUGACCAAUUAUGAGGUAACAUUAACAACUACUAAAAGAAAACCAAAGAAAGAAAGAAAAUAAAAAUGAUUUAGUACUUCUAAUUAUGAUUUUAAGUUUUGUGCAUGCUUCUGAUUUUAUGUGAAAAUUUGUUUUGUGAAUGUAUGUAUAGCAGCCCGUUGCAACUGAAAAGCUAAAGAUUUUGAAAUUAUAUUUGGAACAAAAUAAAAUAAUUUAAAAA